AUGGUUGUUCUUGUUUCCUUGGGUUGGACUAAUGGUGUUUCUCUGUAUGAGCAGAAAAUGGCACCUAGACCACCACCUCCUCCUCCUUCUCAGCCUGAGCCUUCUGAGAACACCAUAAGACUGGAGGCUGUACUUGAGGCUAUGCAACUUCAGAAUACUGCCUUGGUACAACAAAACACCAUCGCUCUUCAAAGCCUAGAAGCUGCAAGAGUGUCAGCUGAAGACACUCAGAAGUACCUCAGGGAAAUGAUGGCUAAUGAAAGACCUACUCCUGGUGUUUCUACUCCUAUUGCCAUUCCAGUUAAGGAGUGGAGUUUGGAGAGUUUUCUCCAACAUCAUCCCGACAGGUUUACUGGCAAGUGCAGUCCGGAUGAGGCCGAUCAUUGGUUCCAAGAUAUGGAACGAAUCUAUGAAGCCAAAGGGUGUCCGGAUGAGAAGAAGCUGGCCUACACCCAGUACUUGCUGACAGGAGAAGCUGGACAUUGGUGGAACAAUGUGAAGACGAUCAUGGAGGGGAACGGGACUCCUAUCACUUGGGAGUCAUUCAGAACUAAAUUCUACACUGAAUACUUCCCAGAUAGUGUCAGGUUUGCUAAGGAGUGUCGCAAGUUUGAGAAUGGCUUGAGAAAGGAUAUAAAGUUACUGGUGAAAGGAUUGCGCAUUAGAGAAUUCUCCGCUUUGGUAGAGAUGGCCCGUGAUAUGGAAAAGACUAAGGGAGAACCAGAGGGACCGGGUUCUUCCUCUCAGUCAUCGGGGCAAUCCAAUUUUGCCAGUUCCGUUAUAUGCUUCAAGUGUGGUGGACCACACCUCCAGAUUUCUUGCCCUCAGUUAGAAGGGUAUAGGAGGUGUAAUAUCUGCAGGCAAGAGGGACACUAUGCUAGAGACUGUCCUACUACUAGGAGGGUAGGACCACAGCCACGCCAGGCUAGCAGAUCUAUUCAGAGGGGUGGGCACAGACCUCAGGCAGUCGGGAGAGUCUAUGCGUUGACUGGGGCUGAGGCAACCAGUGUAGGUAAUUUAAUUAUCAGCAGUUACUUGUUAUUUGGAGCUUCGUGUGUGACGUUGUUUGAUUCGGGGGCGACACAUUCUUUUGUGUUUAAGGCUUGUGUGGAGAGGCUUGGUUUAGUUGUCAGAGAGCUUCCGUGUGAUCUGGUGGUGUCUACACCAACAGCUGGGUUAGUCAGGACACCUAAUGUGUGCUCCAGAUGUCCUAUUGAGGUAGAGGGGCGCAGGUUCAGAGUGAACCUUAUUUGUUUACCUCUGCAGGAGCUAGAGGUAAUUCUGGGAAUGGAUUGGUUAGCAGCCAAUCGUAUUCUUUUAGAUUGCGGUGGUAAGAAGCUAAUAUUUCCCAAAGAAGAUGAAGACUUGUCAUUAUCGCUCGGUGUAUUGAGGCAAGACAUCUUCGAAGGUGCUAGCUGCUUCCUAAUUAUGUUUCAUAUGGACGAGACUUCUAAUUUAAACUCUUUAGCGCUUGGGGACCAGAGUGUAGACCUUCUGGUUAUGAAUGACUUCAUGGAUGUUUUCCCUGAAGAAGUUCCUGGUUUACCUCCUCCGCGAGAAGUGGAGUUCUCUAUUGAUCUAGUCUCAGGAGCAGGACCAAUAUCCAUAGCUCCUUAUCGGAUGGCUCCAGCUGAUUUGGCGUGGGGUGCGCCUGUGUUGCUAGUAAAGGAGAAGGAUGGUAGCUCAAGGUUGUGCGUUGACUAUCGACGACUGAAUAAGUUGACGAUCAAGAACAAGUAUCCGUUGCCGAGGAUCGACGAUCUGAUAGAUCAAUUGCACGGAGCUACGGUAUUCUCCAAGAUUGAUUUGAGGUCGGGUUACCAUCAAAUUUUAGUGAAAGCCGAUUAUGUGCAGAAGACGGCAUUCAGGUCCAGGUAUGGUCACUAUGAGUAUGUGGUUAUGCCUUAUGGUGUGACUAAUGCUCCAGCCAUAUUCAUGGACUAUAUGAAUCGAAUUUUUAGACCUUUCUUGGACAAGUUUGUGGUUGUGUUUAUAGAUGACAUACUUGUCUAUUCUAAAACUCGUGAAGAACAUGAAGAUCACCUUAGGGCAGUUCUUGAAGUUCUUAGAGAAAGAAGAUUGUAUGCCAAGCUGUCCAAGUGUGAGUUUUGGAUGAAAGAGGUUCCUUUUCUUGGUCAUGUGAUUUCAGUUGGAGGAAUUGCUGUUGAUCCCGCUAAGGUGCAAGCAGUGCUUCAGUGGGAGAGACCUAAGACUGUUACAGAAGUCAGGAGCUUUAUCGUUGUGAGACUAGCUUCCAAGAGCUAA